AUGACAUCCGCAGCUGUUCAUACGGGGUCUUUUGGUGUCCGACUAAUCUUGAGGCCGUCGAAGGAUCAUAAGCCAGUCUGCUCCAACAGAUCAACAAUCGAAUUCGCGACCUUAUCUCCAUCAAGAAUGGCCCUGAAUGGGGAAUCCUCUCAUAUUUUGAGAAUUUUUGAUGAGGAGGAGCAAGCAAUGCGGUCUGCGCGCAACUCAUCCAGGAUGCUGGAAGAAUCUCUUGCAACUGGAGUGGGCAUCCUCGGCAAGUAUGUCGAGCAAAGAGAUCGCUUGAAGGUAACUCUAGUCAAGCAAAGACCAUGCAUAAAUUUGUAG